AUGGCACGACAAGUGGUUGCUCUAGCCCUCAUCUUCAUCGCCGCCUUCGCCGCGGUGGUUUCUGCCCAGUCACCAAGUGGCUCUCCUUCAUCAUCACCGGCGGCUGCUCCAUCUAAGUCCAGUGCUGCCACCCCAGAUGCAUCACCCGCAUCGUCCCCCACACAGGCCGCCGGCCCUGCUAGCGGUCCCGCCAGCGCUCAAUCAUCUGGCUCUCCCGCACCUGCCACCAGCCCUGAAAGCCCUCAUCUGCACCCGCUAGCACUGAUGCCAGCGCCCCCGCCACUACACCUGCUCCCUCCGCCACCUCACCCAGCCCAAGCGAGACCGCCGCUGACGCACCGAGCGGUGCCGCAUCCUUGA